AUGAAGCUCCAAACUUUGUUCGGCGUCGUCGCUCUUGCCCUUACUGCUCAGGCUAGCAGCAACAGCACCAAUAUUCCCGCCACGCUGCAGGACCGGAGAGGUCUCGCUUUCACCCAUCACCCUCGGAGCUGGCUAAAUGGAACGUCUAGAGACAUUCCGUCUCUCAAUAAGCGGAAUGGGACGGUUACUCGCAGUGUCAACAAUGGAACUUUGCAUAACUAG